GCAUUAUCACAGGAGGGAGAUCGUGAAAAAAAAAAAAAGCCAUUUCCCCCAGAAAUAUGAUAACAGUCUUCCAAGAAGGAGGAGAUUGAUGUUGGCACGGCAAGUCUCACUCCACUGCUUUUAGCCCGAUCACUUUUCUUUUUAUUUUGAUCAGAGACCUGUAGCCUUCUCCUUUUCAGAUCUGUCCUUUCUGGGGCUCUCUUGGGACCAGGCCAGUUUUUCAUAGCCACAAAAAAUGGAGACGACAAUGCCCAAACUCCUUAGGCAUAGAGUUCAGUUUUUAGCAGAAAAAGAGGGUUAGAUAAAGCAGUUUUUGCUUGUUCGCUCAUGUCAAUCAAGAGCAGGGAAGUAUUGGAAAAAACUCAAAAAAGGAAGAAAAGAAGAAGGAAAGGACAAAAGGAAGCAAAGAAAGCAAAAGCCUGAAUCCUAUUCCCUGCAGCCUGAUGGAUUAUGCAAAGAAAUACCUGGAUCUUCUCAGCCCCCAAUCACUUUCCAGAUGUGUCUCAGCCAGUGCUUCCGCGACCCAGCAGCUGCUGAGCGGCCCCACUGCCCGUCCCAGGCCGUACCGUGUGAGCAACUGCGAGCGCACCCUGCGCAAAGGCAUCAUGGCGGAGAGUCUGAACGACCUGCUUGAAAAAGUACGAACUGCUCUGGACUUAGUGGGGUCCAUCAGCGUUGUCUUGGAUGAAGAUGGCACCAGCAUAGAAUCAGAGGCGUUCUUCCAAACUCUAGAAGAAGGAAUGGUAUUGCUGGCCUUAACUGAGGGACAGGUGUGGCGUCCAGCCAAGAAAGCUGGUUACCAGCUAUCUCUGUCCAGCAAGCCUCGGCGUCGGAUUGACGUGGCCUGCAUCACAUUUGAUCUGUACAAGACGAAGCCCCAGGACUUCUUUGGCUCUUUGAACGUCAAGGCCACUCUUUAUGGGACCUACACCAUGUCCUACGAUAUGCAAUGCUAUGGGGCCAAGAGGAUGAUGAAAGAAGUUCUGCGCUGGACCCUCUUCACCAUGCAAGCCACGGGGCACGUCUUGCUGGGCACUUCCUGUUACAUGCAGCAAUUGCUAGACACUCCAGAAGAACAGAAGGAAGAAAUUUUGCCUUCCUUGUGUCGUCCUUCUAUCGCUCUCCCCUCCUCUCUCACCCGGAGAAUGUUGCAAUGAAUUGGGAGGGGGAGAUAUUUUCUGCCCCACUGCUGCUACGGACUCUGAGAGCAAGGGGUGUUGACAUCCUACAUGUAAGGCACCCUCCAAGAUCAUGGAGGGAGGGAUGGGCACUUCUCUGCACCUGCUGGAGUGGAAAAGCACAGCCAACGUCAAAACAUUUUGACUCUUGUCUCACAAUUCUAGGCACUCACUGUUUCUUGUAAGUUAUCAUGUGUGUUGCUUCUUGUCCAGCUCGGCAGCCAGAAUUGGUGCAGAAAAAGACCAGGGUUUCACCUUUCCUUAUUUAUAUAUAGAUAGAUAGAUAGAUAUUCCAACAUGUAUAGGUAACUGCACAGCUAGCAUGAUGCCACGUUGACUUGUAUUACACUGUAAAUAUGUGAAUUAAAAAGCAACCUUUUCUUAAA